AUGUCCCAAGAGCCCCUAUAUAAACAUGAUUAUUCAUAUGGUAACCAAUAUAGGGAACAACAAAGCUCUGGUACGAUUGCCCAACGACCGGAUACAGCCAAUUCUGUGAUAAGCCAGACACAUAGCAAUUGGCAACCAAUGAGUCCAUCUGGUUCUCAAAAGAUAUUACAUCAGCGCAGUUCUAUUAACUAUUACCCUUCAACACAUUCCAAUGCAUAUAAAACUAACUUUCCUGAUAACUCUAUAUAUGGCAGCCCAUCCCAACUACUUACAAGCUCAACCCCUAAUCGUGCAAGAGCAAAUGAGAUAUUUAAUGAUCGCUCUAUACACCUCUCAGACAUUCAACACUUGAAUGUCGCUCACUCGUAUAAUAACCAUGGUAGAUUUGAUGAACGACACAAAAACAUACAAUCUUCAUUCUUAAAUUCAUGUUGUAAUGAUAAUUUUGGACCAUCUAAAGAGAAUAUAUGUCAAAGUCAGAAUGGUAACUCUUUUCUAGAUGUGAAUAAUAAGCCAAACGGUGUGGAGAAUUUAACGAAUGAUUAUAGCAUUUCUUCAAGUACUAGCUCCAAUCAUUGGGAUUCUAUGGCACAAUCUAAAUAUGAAGGAUUCUACCCAGUUUCCUCAUCAUCUAACCUCCGACCAUUUCCAAUUUCAAGCUCACCUCAGUCUCAAAAUAUAGCAAAUUACAACUUUAUGAAAUCUAACGCAUCUUCUCGAGGACAUGGACAAUUUUAUGGCCAGAAUCUUGAUAAUGUUAGCAGUAGCACUAUCAACAUGAAAAAUUACAGGAGUACAUCCAGAAUAGCGAGCCCUAUUAGUGGUGGAAAUACUGUAUUAAAUAAUUCAUCAAUUUCCUCUAUGGAUAAGGAAAGUAGCGAGCCAGCUAGAGUUACUUUGAUUCGCUCCGAAUCAAGAAAUUCUACUUCAUACAAACAAAAUCUUAAUAACAGUAAUUUGUUAUCUGGUCAAGCCAAUUUUGUGAGGCCUAUGACAGAUAGAUCUGUUAAUAAUUAUAAUAAUAGCAAUUAUUACGAUAAAAGACUGAAUGAAAAAGAAUAUAAUACAUUUUCUACAAAUGUAUGCAGUUCAAAAGUUAAUGAGAAUGAGAGUAGAACAAUACGAGGGACUAAUGAUACUUCAAAUUAUGGAUCUGAUAUUUUCAACUUCACCUUAAAUGAAUUAACAUAUUUUUCUCGUAAGGAAAAUAAUUGGAAAAAACAAUUUUCAUUGCAGCCAAUAAUACUCAAUAAUCGAGGAUUUGUAUUAAGAGAUAUAUUAGCCAACGAAGAUAGAUAUCAUCAGAGGUAUUCAGAACAUUUUUUUUAG